AUAUAUUUUUUAAAUUAUUAUUUACAGCUCAAACUUUUGAAGUUGGAAAUGUAGAGAUUGUUCCUUUAUACGAUCCUCCUCAUCUUAUUAAAGGAAUAAGAAACAAUUUCUUAACCAAAGAUCUAGCGAUUAGCUGCAACAGUUUUCAACGUGUAGCAUCGUGGGAUAUCGUGAAGACAGCAUGGAUAAUAGAUAAGAAGAUAAAUAUAAUACGUCCACAGUUAAAAAAAAAUAACGCAAGAACAUAUUAUUGAGGAUAAAAUUUAAAAAAUGCGUGUUAAGUAUGCAACGCAAGUGCUGAGUGGAACGGUUGCGAGCUGCAUUAAGACACUUACAAGAUCAAGAUGUGCCGUGCAGAUUGAUAAUAAUGAGGUAAAAAUUGAUAUGGAAGAAGGAAUCGCAACAGCAGAGGUAGUAAAUUUUUUUAAUGAUUUAUUUGACUCCGUGAACAGUAGUGAGGUAAAAGACAACGAUUUGCGAUCUCCAGUGGUAGAGAACAGUGUACAUUAUGUGUUUUGGACGAAUGCAAAAAGUAUGCUCAGAAAUUUGUCUUACGUUGACAAAGUAACACGCGAACUUCUAUAAAAUCAGUGCCUAGUUUAAAAAAUUGGUUAUUAACUAUAGACGGUUUCGAAAAAAUUUGGAAAAUAAUUCAUUCUAAGUACGAAUUUACAUCUUUUAAAACGCGUUAUUGUAAUCAGGAUCCAAUUGAGAACUUUUUCGGUCAAAUUAGAAGUCAUGCGGUUCGUAAUACAAAUCCAACACCUAAACAAUUUGAAGAUUUUUUCAUUACACUUCUAGUGAGUAACAUGAAAUCGGUAUCUAUUGUUGGCGGUAAUUGUGAAGCUAGCCAAGAUUCCUUUAUGUUAUUUUCCCUGGAAGAGUAUUUGGAAGAUAAUCUUUCAAAUGUUGAAGUUAGUGAUGAUAACGAACCACAUGAAAUGUUUACUACUGUUGUUGUUAGCGAAGAAUCAAGUACGGAAUUUUUACCAAAUUAUUUAGAUGAAGUUAUUACCGUCAUUGUCAAAGAACUUAAUUAUUGUGAAGAAUGUAAUGAUAGUUUAAAAAGUAAUGAAUUUUCAGUAUUUGCAAAACAAAUAGUAAGAAGGAUUAUUAAAUUGUUAGACACGCGAUCUCAUCGUUGUAAUAUUUUAAAAGUAUUAUUAGAGCAUUUUGAAACUUGGAAUGUAGAUACAAAUUGGCAUAUGUGUAUAGAGCAUCAUUAUAAUAUAUUUAAAGUCACAGUACGCAUAAUUUCAAUUAAAACAUUAAUAUGGUGGUGUAAAAAAAAAAAUUCAUUGAUAUCAAACAACGAUUUGGAUUCUGAAUUACAUGUCAAGGGUAUUAUGGAAAUAAGGAAAGCGCGCGAAAUAUAUAAGUAUCAAAAAAAAUAUAUAUUAAAGAAGACAUUUAGGUAAAAAAAAAAUAAUGUAUUAUGUAUAAAAGAUUGUUACUGUAAGUGUGAAGUGUGAAUGGACAGUUUAAUGAAUGGUGUAGGUAGGAUUCUUCUAUUCUGGAUCAUCUGUCCUGAAGAAGUCAUGUUUUCUCAAAAGGAAGACAUGCCUUCAGGUCGGAGGAGGUGGAGAUGAGAUCAGAAGAAAGAUCGGCGUCUUAUCGAAAGAGAGACAAGUCGCAUCUGAGAA